AUAACAACUAUUUUGUGCCAAUACUGUUCUCAGUUUUCAACCUGUCGUCACUAUCAUGGCACGGAGUAUCGUCCUACUGCUGCUUGUAUUCUGUGUGACUAUUCUCCUGAGUAUAAAGCCAGUAACUACCGAAUUUUCCUAUAUCGAUCAUGUCUUUAACCCUGUUGGUGUCCUUCAAAGGAACCGUCAGGUCCGAAAGGAGCUUGCUCCGCUCCUUCAUUCGUCGGAGUUCUGGGAUUGGACACAAAAACUGAACAGCAGACAUUCGAUGCUACGGGCGGCAGUACUCUCAUCAAAUAACAGUGGUCCUGUCAAUGGAACCGGAAGUACUCCAGCACCUGCAGGAGGAAACGCUAUCUCAGAUUUAUUCGGCGCUCUCUUUGGUAAUGGAAAUACUUCUUCAUCGAACAAUGGUAGUGACCUAUCUGCUCAAUUAGGUCAACUCUUUGAAAGCCUUUCUCAACUCCUUCGACCAGUAACGCCAGGUCCACGACAACCUAUCAAUGAUUCUAAUGUCAGCCAUCCACCCUCAAAUGGAGGGUUACCACACGUCAUUCCGACUGUGAACAGUUCACCACCCCAACGUAGCCCCACUCCUGCUGAAGCAAUCUUCGAUCAAAUAAGAGGCUCUAUCUCGAUGUCUAACGCAUCUGAUGCAUGUAAAAAAGAUGCUAUAACGGUUGCUUAUGGUCUUCAAACUCAACAGCCAUGGGCUCUGAAAAUGUUUGAUGCUUCAGCAAAAAUUCCUACGGAUUUGUUGAAUCUCGAUCUCCUCUGGUUAGGAUCUUACGAUGAAUGUUACAGCGAACACACCGUGGCUGAAUUAUUUCUCCAUCCUAGUAUCUACAUUCCGCCUGUGAAGCCUCGACACUGCCAAGUUUUCAUCAACCUGCCGCUACCAGCUUCCACUGCUGGGAUUCUACAAACAGUUGGAGGGGGUGCAAUACGAGUGGGUACUUGUUUACCCAAAGCCUGCAGUGCCGAGGACACGACGCUACUCACUAACCUCCUUUUGGGUUCUAUUCCGCUGGGAAAUUUCUCCUUAAAAGCCUCUUACUCAAGCUGCCCACUGACCCCCGAGGAAGUACCGUACGAAACUAAGGACAUCGCCAUGAUCGCCUUCUUGUCAGUUUUGGGUCUUAUAAUUGUGGUUGGUACAGCGUAUGAAAUAAUUGCAAUUGAAAUUCCAAAGUUCCUAAGAAAUCGAGACGAAACACACGACGAAGCAAUUCCAACAACCGUAGAUGAAAAAGCACCAAAUAACGGUAGCGCUUAUAAGCUCAGAGAGAAAAACGAGGCACCGCCUGCAUACUCCGAGAAAGUAGUGGACAUCGAAACAACCAAGACAAAAGACAUGGAGCAGAAAGGCAAUAAGAAUACAGAGGAGAAGAAAAAUGUUAUCGUGAGAAUCUUGUUAGCCUUUUCUGUGUAUACUAACGGUAAGAAGAUUCUAAGUACGUCCCAGCCUAAAGGAUCACUUACCGCUAUCAACGGCAUCCGAUUCUUCAGCAUGUCUUGGGUCAUACUGGGUCAUAGUGUCAGCUUUGUUCUUGGAUUCUCUUCUAACUCGAUAAAAUACAGCAUGGACUUCUUAACAAGAACGUCGGCUCAGGCGAUAGCUAAUGCCCUUGUGUCUGUCGAUACAUUUUUUGUCUUGAGUGGACUUUUGACAUCGUAUCUCCUACUGAAACAGAUGAAGAAAACCAAAGGAAGUGUAAACUGGUUCCUGUUCUACUUCCACCGAUACUGGAGAUUGACCCCAAUCUAUAUGAUUAUGAUUGGAUUGUAUGUGACUUUGUUCAAUCACGUGAUAUUCGGACCGGGACGUCCGCCAAAAGACACCGCAUGUGAAAAGAACUGGUGGAUGAACCUUCUAUAUAUCAACAAUUUUGUCGAUGAUUCAAAGGAUUUGUGUUUGGCAUGGUCAUGGUAUUUGAACAACGAUAUGCAGUUCUAUAUAUUGAGUCCCUUGAUGAUUGUUCCGUUGUUCUUCAAGGAGCUGCUUGGUGUGGUCAUCUCGGUUGUUUUUCUGUUGGGGACCAUCAUUACUUCCGGAUUGAUUAGCUACACCUACAAGAUCCCACCAUCCAGUCUUGGUGGCGGAGAUGAGAGUACCAUCCCUACCAAUUUCAUGACUUUAUAUUACAUACGACCAUAUUGUCGGAUGGGACCCUAUAUUUGUGGUGUGCUGACAGGGUACUUUUUAUACAAAACCAAAGGCAAAUGUCGAAUAAACAUCUACUUGAAUUUGUUGGGAUGGGUGAUCGCUACAGGUUGCGCAUGCGGAAUCCUCUACGGUCUUUCUGAUGCCUUCAGUGGUGGACACCGUCUGAAUGUUGAUGAAUCCGCGGUUUACAAUGCCUUGCACCGAAGUGUCUGGGGAGCAGCAGUAUGUUGGGUCAUCUUCACAUGCUCAACUGGGAAUGCAGGUUUUAUCAACACAAUCCUGUCCUGGUCCGUGUUCGUGCCGCUAUCCAGACUGACGUAUGCCGCCUAUUUAGUUCACAUUAUCAUCAUGUGUGUCUAUUAUUACCUCCACACGGUGCCAGUCUACAUGACGGACUAUGAAUUGGUGUACAUGUUCUUGGGAAAUUUAGUGCUGUCCUAUUCCGCAGCCUUUGUGUUGUCGGUCGUGUUAGAGUCGCCCUUCAUGGCUUUGGAGAAAAUUAUUUUUCCGUCAAGAGCCAAGAAAUAAAUUGAUUCUGUUAAUGUACAUUGAUAGACAGCAUUUGAUGAGCAUAUUUCAACGGGAUAUUAUCAAGAUAAUAUCGAAAUAAAAUGCAAAAUAUUGUCAAACGCACUUAUACAUUGUAUAUGCAUAUGCAGUGACCUUGAAAAAUACUUCAUUUUAAUCGAU